CAGCAAACCUCCACAACAAACAAUGGCGACGUUGGCCAAGUUCCAGUGUCACAUUCGACACAGUUUGAAGGGUCUGCAACGCGGUCUUAGACUCGCUGAAGGAAAGCGGUUUCUUUCCGCUCAAGCCGCAGAAGCUGCCGCUGCUGUUACACCUCCCUAUGCAAAGUUGGUAAAGCAACUCGAGCAUGUUCGUAAGGUGCUUCCCGGCGAAAAGCUUACGCUUGCUGAGAAGGUACUUUACUCUCAUUUAGCGAACGUUGAAGAGAGUUUAGUUGGUUCUACGACUUCCCAAAUCCGCGGAAACGUGUAUUUGAAGUUGCACCCUGAUCGCGUCGCCAUGCAAGACGCAUCAGCUCAGAUGGCAAUUUUGCAAUUCAUGACCUGUGGUCUGGAUCGUGCACUUCUUCCCGUCAGCAUUCACUGUGACCACUUAAUUGUCGGUGAACGUGGUGAGCGUCGGGAUGUUCCUCCUAGUAUCAAGACCAACAAGGAGAUUUUUGACUUUUUGGAGAGUGCCGCUAAGAAGUACGGCAUUCGCUUCUGGGGCCCUGGCAGUGGUAUUAUCCAUCAAAUUGUUUUGGAGAACUAUGCCGCUCCUGGUGGUAUGAUGUUGGGUACAGACUCACAUACUCCUAACGCUGGUGGUCUUGGUAUGAUUGCCAUUGGUGUCGGUGGUGCUGAUGCAGUUGAUGCUAUGACUCAAACUCCUUGGGAAGUUAAGGCUCCUAAGAUCAUUGGUGUUAAGCUCACUGGCCAGCUCCAAGACUGGGCUACGCCCAAGGACCUUAUCCUUCAUUUGGCUGGCAAACUCACUGUGCGUGGUGGUACGGGUCAUAUCAUUGAAUACUUCGGCCCUGGUGUCGAUUCCCUUAGCUGUACCGGUAUGGCUACUGUGUGUAACAUGGGUGCUGAAGUUGGCGCUACUACUUCCAUUUUCCCUUACACAGACUCUAUGCGUCGCUACCUCGUAGCUACCCGUCGUGGUCCUGUUGCUGAUGCUGCGGACAAGGCCAACGCAGAACAUCAAUAUCUUGCUGCUGAUGAGGGAGCUGUUUAUGACAAGGUCGUCGAAAUUAACCUGUCUGAAAUCGAACCUUCUUUGAAUGGUCCAUUCACUCCUGACUUGAACACCCCUCUCAGUAAAUUUGGUGAGACCGUUGAAGCUAACGGCUGGCCUAAAAAGCUUUCUGCUGGUCUCAUCGGUUCUUGCACAAACUCUUCCUACGAGGAUAUGUCUCGUGUCACUGAUGUGGUUGAACAAGCCACAAAGGCUGGUCUCAAGCCUAAGGUUCCGUUCUUUGUUACUCCCGGUAGUGAGCAAAUUCGUGCUACCAUCGAGCGUGAUGGCUUCACCAAGAAGCUUCAAAAGGCUGGAGCAGUUGUGUUGGCCAACGCAUGUGGUCCUUGCAUUGGUAUGUGGAAACGCAAUGACAACAUUCCCGACGGUGAGCCCAAUGCAAUUUUGACAAGUUUCAACCGUAACUUCCGUGCUCGUAACGACGGAAACCGCAACACUAUGAAUUUCCUUACGAGUCCCGUUGUCGUCGCAGCCAAGAUUUUCUCCGACAGCCUUGCAUUUAACCCAGCCAAGGAUACCCUUGUGGAUGCCGAGGGAAAGCCCUUCAAAUUCCAAGCUCCCAAGGGACAGGAGUUGCCAAGUGCUGGUUUUGAUGCCGGUAACACUUCUUAUAUUCCUCCUGCUAACCCUGAACCCGUUCCCUCUACUCAAAUCACCAUUGAUCCCAAGUCGGAUCGUUUAGAGGUUCUUGAGCCUUUUGAUGCUUACCCUGGUGGUGAGAUGGAGAACCUCAAGGUUGCUGUGAAGGUUAAGGGUAAGUGUACUACUGAUCACAUUUCUGCUGCCGGUAAGUGGUUGAAGUACAAGGGUCACCUGAGCAACAUUUGCAACAAUACCUUGAUUGGUGCUGUCAAUGCUGCUACUGGAGAAGUGAACCGUGCAUAUGACAAUGGCGAGGGUAUGACCAUUCCCGAACUGAUGUGGAAGUGGAAGAAGGCCGACCAACCUUGGUUGGUUGUUGCCGAGCAUAACUAUGGUGAGGGUUCCGCUCGUGAGCAUGCUGCUCUUCAACCCCGCGCCAUGGGUGGACGCAUCAUUUUGACCAAAUCGUUUGCUCGUAUUCAUGAGACCAAUUUGAAGAAGCAAGGCAUUCUUCCUCUUACUUUCGCCAACGAGGCUGAUUAUGACAAAAUUGAUGCCGAGGAUAUCGUUUCUACGAAGGGUGUCGUCGAUUUGCUGAACGGAGAUUUGAGCAAGCCCGUAAUGUUGAUUGUCACCAAGAAGGAUGGUUCCGUGGUUGAGAUUCCUUGCAACCACACUAUGAGUAAGGAUCAAGUUGGUUUCUUCAAGGCCGGCUCUGCCUUGAACCUUAUUCGUGAACGUGCUCAGGCCAACAAAGCUCGUGAGAUCUUAGACUCAAUAAAACAACAACCUGAACACUACGCUGAUGUGCAUAUUUACGAUCGUCACUUUAUUGUUACCAAAGGCGAUCAAGUAACCUUACCGUUUCGUUUGAAGGGUGUAAAUGUUGGUGAUACAUUGAAGUUGGACAAGGUUUCGUCGCUGGGUUCGCGAGACUUUACGGUGAAGGGUAAACCAUGGAUUGAUCCUGAUUACUUUUCUAUUGAAGCUGUUGUUAUUGGUAAACCGAAGAGCGCGGAAAGUGUCCGUGUUAAACACAAACGGAGACAUCGUCAUGACCGAGUCCUGCGCCAUGUGCAAGACUACACAGUCUUGCGAAUUACAAAACUUGAGAUUCAAUGAGUUCGCACCAAAACCUUGCAAUGCCUUCUGUUCAAACCGGUGUUAUCCUUUUUCAAAAUACUAGUUCCCGAUAUUCAUUUCCGCCCUCCUAUCGCUCGUUACGUUUUAUAAUGCUAAUCAUUUUCAAUUAAUAAACACUUUCCAAUCAUACCCACCUCAUAA